CGCGCCCCGCAUGCGCAGUAGGCGCGUCCCCUUGAAUGACGGCGGUUCCCGUCUGGUCGCGCAGCUCCGCUCCUUCUCCUCGUCCUCGUCUCCACCUGCUCCUCCGCCCCGGUCAACAUGUCCUCGCCGGCGGUGGUGCCGGCGCUGCGCAAGGCAACAGCCACGGUUAUAUUCCUGCAUGGACUGGGAGACACUGGGCACGGCUGGGCUGAAGCCAUGGCAAGCAUCCGCUCCCCACACAUCAAGUACAUCUGCCCCCAUGCUCCACCUAUGCCAGUCACGUUGAAUAUGAAGAUGACAAUGCCUUCCUGGUUUGACAUCAUUGACCUCAGCCUGGAUGCCAGGGAAGAUGAACAGGGCAUCAAACAAGCAGCAGAACAUGUAAAGAAAAUGAUUGACCAGGAGGUGGAGAGCGGCAUCCCGUCCAACAGGAUAAUCCUAGGGGGAUUCUCACAGGGAGGCGCCCUCUCUCUGUACACAGCGCUGACAUCGCAGCAGAAGCUUGCCGGCGUGGUGGCCCUCAGCUGCUGGCUUCCCCUUCACAAGUCCUUCCCAGCGGCAGCCGCCAACUCGGCGAACAGGGAGACGUCGUUCCUGCAGUGCCAUGGCGAGCAGGACCCUCUCGUUCCCGCAGCCUUCGGCAGCCUCACGUCGCAGCAGCUGCGCGGCAUGAUGGGCUCCUCCAACGUCGACUUCAAGACCUACCCGGGCGUGCCCCACAGCUCCUGCCCAGAGGAAAUGAAAGACAUCAAGCAGUUCAUUGACAAGCAUCUGCCACCCAUCGACUGAUGCCUUUUGCCCGAUCACCCCUGCAGCCAGCCCUGCACCCUCCACCCAUGGUGUCCGAACGAACUGAGCUGAGCGCUCCCCGUGCUCUCACCCACUCGCUCGCUCCAGCCUUCCUGUCUCGCCCUGGCCCUGCUGUCUGAGAAGUGCCCUAGCACAGGAGAGGGUUUAUUCUUUGGUGCAUCAAGUGCUGGAGUAGAGAGUGUGUGUUGGGGGAGAGUAACAAAGGGCGCUGCACACUGAAGGUGAAAUGUACUUGAGCCACACGGCAUCAUGAGAAAUAUACCCACAGUGCCUUGCAGGUCCCCCAGAGUAGUUACAUAUGCACAGCAGUCUGAUGUAGGUUUGAGUAUUAGUACAAUGAACGUUUGAUCGUGUUAAACUUCACAGCAGCAAAGUGGCCACAUUAUGCUUCUGUAUGAAUAUGUUUAAUAUCUCAUCUCUAAUUUUAAAUUGCAACAUGUCUGCCUGCUUAAAUGGGCGUGGAAUAGUGCUCAUUAUUUUUGGUGGCACUGAGCCUGUGAUAAAAAUUGCAUGUUCCCAACAACCAAUGUUGAUUUACACAAUAUAGUGAACCUAUUUUAUCUGCCCUAUAGGCAUGAAGGGCUGAGUCGACCAACGACUGGGAUAUGAAUUCGCAACCUUUGGACUGAGUGAAGAUCUUGUGCAGAUAUUUAGUAUUCCUCCGGAAUGGACAACAUGGAAUUAAUUUCAUGUUAUUGUAAAGACCUUAACUUCUUGUCAUUACUCUUAAUAAAAAUGAGCUAUGUAGAAAACACUAAUGCAUAAGACAUGCACUACGUAUGCACUUAAUUGGCACUCACGAAUCAUCUGCACUAUGUGUAAACAAUUCAACAGUGUCCAUGUCUCAAAUGAAUGUUCUUUAAACAAAUGGCUUUACUGAGUCUCACUGAGCUCUUUGAGUUGAAUCCAAAUUGAGGUUAAACAAAGUAUUUGCUGUGCACUCUGAUGGAUGUGCAGGGUGUGGGGCUCUUAUAUAGUUCUGUGUAUCCAGAGUAUCGUUCACCUUCACAUGCAUUGUGGACAGAACAGAGCAUCGUUUGUGUGUUGGCAGAAAGGUAAUGUCAGUAAAUUUUUUUGUUGGUGAAAAAGUAACCAAAUCGCUAUUUCGUACAGGUUUGGCAAUUUGGGCUCUGAAAAUUUGUUGUGAAAAUAUACUUCUCCCGACACACGAAUGAGGCACAUGCGUGUUUUCCAUCUGAUGGGGAUUUUCCAUGGCUGGAUAAAUUGUGAGCUUUGCGUUGGUAAAAGGGCUGCUUGAAAGGGGUCAUUGGCAAACGAAACCUCCCUUAAUAAAAUAACGGCAACAUAAAGGUGCAUUCUACGCUUCAUGGCAUUGGAACAAACGAUGUUGAGAUGUUUUGUGCAGGCCUUUCCCUAUUUUAAUGAAAGAAUGAAUGAAUGAAUUUGUUUACUUAGAAACAAGGUGACAGUCCGUUGAUAGUAAAUGCCUUUUGCAAUGAAUUCUGGACAGUGAUCAUUCAAACAAUAAAAACAAUGUUUCGAACCAGAUGACAGCU